AUGGCGUCAGCUCGCUGCCAGCUGCAGAGAAUGCCCCAUAGAAAAAACUUUCAUCGGGCCCUCCUGGUGAGCCAGGCAGGGGACCAGCCCCCCUACAAGAGGACUUCACCUGGGGGAGGGGGAAGAGUAGGGGGCCUGAGGGACCACCCAGGUGCCAGGUCCCAGGCCCACGGGCUCCGCCUGGGACUUUCCAGGGGGCUGUGCCCGCUGCCAGGGAGCCUUUCCUGGGGCAGCCAGCCGGGCCGGGCGUUUCCUGCGCGGCCUUCCUCCCGGCCGCCCCAGCCCGCGGCCAGCGCCUUCCCCACCGCCGGGGCUUUCCGCGCGGCCGAGGCCGCUAUUUUUAGCCGAGGGAGAGACCGAUUUCUGGCCCCCUUGCCGCCCCGCGGGAGCGAAAUCAGGGCCGGGGCUGUGCCUGGAGGAGGGGCGGGAGGCCCAGCGGGAGACCCUCCGUGUCCGUCGCCCGGGCGCACCUGCGCCCAGAGGGCCCUGCCGGGGGGCCCGGGCAGGGGCGGCGCACCCUGGGGAACUGGGCCCCGGGCGGGGGGUCUGCCGCCCACUUCCUGCGGCCGCGCCCCAGCACUUCAAAGGCCGCCCUGUGGUCACUCCCCACGGCCGAGGGGCCGCGCAGGCCUGGCAGCUGUUCAAAGCCGCCCGGGACAAGGCACGGACCGGCACCGCCUUUCUCCCUUGCUCCCUUCCCCUCCUUCCUGCUGGAAGCCCGCGGGGGGCGGCCGGGUGGAGGCGGAGGGAAGAGGGGCCUGUGAGCGGGGAGGGGCCGGAUCCGCUCGGAGCGAGCUCGGGAGGCGCACGGCCCAAUACGCGCCCCCCCCACCAGCUGCGCCCCACGGCGAGGACCCCGGCCGCCCUCCCCGUGCGUUUAGCGGGCGGGAGUCCCGGGCUCCGCGGCGGCCCUGCCCGGCCGGGGUCGGCGGCGGCCCGGCGGGGUGGCUUCCCCGGCUCUCCCCUCCUCCUCCCUCGCGCGCACGGUCUCCAGGGACCGCCGCGUGGCCGCAGGCCCGGGGCUCCGCCUAUCUGGGGUCACCAAGGGGUCCCACCCCUGAGUCGCAGCCCGGGGACGCCUGGGAGCGGCGCCCAGGAAGGGGACUGGGGGUCCCGGCCGCAGAGCGGGCGCGCGCGGUCUCAGCUAGGCGCGUGCACGGCGGGCCGCUCGCGCAGGCUGCGGGGCCGGGUGGCGGCGCCCUCGCGCUCCCGGGGCUCCCCCGGCUCCCCGCCGCCACCGUGACGGCCGCACCACUGCAGGCGCUCCCCGGCCCCGGCCCGCGACCGGGGAGCCUAAGAGGGCGGCACGGUCCUGCCCGGCCUUUCUCCUCGCGCUCCACCGCCUCUCCAGCGAGCCCUUCCUCUCGGCCGACGCCCUCUGGAAUCUUUGGACGGAUCCACGCCUUGGAGGAACCAGGCCAUGGUGACCUCCGCCCCACUCAUGGGGUCAGAGCCCCCAAGAAAGGCAAAAUGGGGCCAGAUCCCGCGAUCAGCAAGACCCGGUUCUCAGGCCGAGAGUCCCCGAUCCUUCUCAUCCACCCCACAGCUUCUCCUCCAGAGCCGGGCCUGGCUGCUCUGGGAUCCAGUGUGCACGCCCGGGGCCCACAGAUGGACAAAAGCCGGAAGGCAUCGCGCAGCCCAGGCUGCCACAGAGCCGCGGAGAGAGCCACCCGGGCAGGUGGGGUCGUGAGCCACCUCUCCUCAGGAAAAGCAGUCUGGCCAGGUGUGCCCUUUGAUUCCGCAAACCCAUUGGGGGAGAAAGAGCCAAGAGAGAAGAAUCUGUGGGUGAGGAGGCUCCUGCAGCCACAUUUGCAGAGGAGAAAGUUCUAGAAACCUGCUAGAACCGACACUGGCAUCGGUACCUGCACGCAGGGAGCGGUCUGCAGCCACCCAAAGGAGUGAGCUCGAGCCACACUGUGGGCUGAGGGACAUGGUGACAGUGUCCAGGGAGAAAAGCAAGCUGUGAGUAACGUGCCCACGGUAUCUUUUGUGAAAGCAAAAGACAAAGUAACUGCCUUGCCAAGUCUACAUGAGGACGUGUUUGUAGGCAAAUAGAGAAGGGUGACAAGCCACACUGGCUGGCUCUGGACCCUGGGGGGUGGGGUGGGGGGAGGCAGUUAAUCUUUUUACCUCCUUGUCUUGCCAGUUGCAGCCAACACGUUUGAAUAAUAAUUUAAAAUAACUAAGCACUUACCUAAUAACCCCAUGCUGCCUGUAGGAGUGACAGAAAGGAAGAGGCUACUCCCAGAGCAGGGCUGAGACUGGCCCCUGAGCUACAGGGACCAAAGUGUGUGGGAGGGUCCUGGGGGUCUUAGGAGCAGGUCUGGGGCGAGUCACCCCCAGGCGACACCGUGCUCCCAGUGGAGUCUGCCCAGGCUGGGGUGGGGGGAGCCCCAGAGGGCUCAGCCGUCAUCUCAUUGGCCUGCAGGACUCCUGGCCCCGACCCAGACUUUACCCGGACGAUGUGGGGGUGCUGUGGCUGGCCCCCGUCAGCACACUGGGGGUGUUGUUGAGGAUUCUGGGCUGAGCCUUUCCACCCCCACAGGAGAGGAGCAGGCCUGGGCCACGUCAUGGGUUGCAGAGCACUAGAACUGGGGGCUGGGUCAUGCGGUCAGCAAUGUCCCAGGGUCCUCACACAUAACAGGGUCAUGGAAGGGGGUGUCCGGGGUGACGAGGGCUCGAGGGCUCCUGGGCACGGUCUAUGGCUUCCCCGCUCCAGGAAGGGCUGCUCAGGGGUGCUCCCUCACCCAGUGCUAGGGGCUGGGGCCGGGGCUCAGGAGGAGCCGGGGGGUGAGGAUGUGGGUGCACGCCCCUCCCCACUGACACCCCGUCCUUGAGGGCUCUGAUGAGUGUGUUUCCAGAUGUUCAGCAGCUGUCUUCGCCAUUUCCGCCCCUUUUCCUGACCCCACAUCCGCCAGGAAGCUCCCCUGCCUGUCCUCAGGCUUUGGCCUACCCCCUCCAUGCACCCCGUUUCCUGAGCAGAGGCCUUUCGCAGACUCAGCUUUCCCAGGCGGCGGCUCCCACAACCCCCGGCUGCUGAGGUCUGCCCCGCAGCCCCUCCAGCCCCUGGGACUGUUUUCCUCUCCUGGAUCCGCGUAAAUCACGGGCCUCCGGGGAGGCAGGGCCAGCGGGUGGGAGGCUGCGGGGGAGGGACGGGCCGGAGUUCACAGGGCCGCGGGGGCUGUGGAUGUCUGCCCUGGGCUGGCACUGGGGGGUGGAGACGCAG